GUUCAAACGUGCUUCGGUGGUGACACAUAUUUGUAUGCGUUCCAUUUCGUUUCGUUCCGUUGCGUUUUUUAAGCCGGCUUUUUCUGCGCAUGCGUGCGUGCGUGCACUGCGUGUUGCAUUUUGGUGUGUGUGUUGGUGCGACGCUUUAAAUGGCGUUUUAAGUGAAAUUAAAAUGACGGAUGUGCUGUAAUUUGCACACUCACGCUCGCUCAAUAAAUACAACAACUAAAGCUACAGCAACAACAACACAAACAACGAAUAAAACCAAGAAUCAAGAGGAAUAAAUAAUAACAACACACGCUGUUUGGUGGUCGGGGCGUUGUAUUUGUAGCAUGUGCCUUAGUUGAUCGAAUUAAGUGCGAGUUUUAUAGCGCCCGCGGGACCGGGAACUGCAAUUGACUGCCGGCCGACUGAGCAACCGGAAAUGCAAGCCCAGGCCCAGGCACAACAACAAAAGCAACUACGACAACAAGUGUAACACCCCCGCCCAGGAAACGGCGGCAAUAAGUGCUAAUAAGUGAGCCGCAGACUAUAACUAAAACCGGAUGCAGGGCCACUAGUAAUUGCCAAUUUUAGUUAUCACCAUUUUUUUGUGUUCUUCUCUCGUUCAAUUGGAAAAAUCGGCUGGUUUGUUUUUUGGUUUUGUUGUAUUUAUUAGUCAUGCUUAGGCGACUCAUAAUAUAUUUGCCUAAGUAACUUCGUCACGCACUGCGCACUGCAUUCGUUACCCCUCAAAAUGCGGCUUUUGCCUCUGCUACGGUGGCCCCCCUCCCAAAAAAGGGUCGCCCCCCGCCACCGAAACGCAAGUUAAAGGCAUAAACAAGCAAAGGAAAUAAAAAUAAAGAAGCACAAAAAAAGGGGUAACGAAAAUAAAAAUAAAAUAAAAACUCAAGGUGCGUUGCACUCGUUUUGUCAUUGAUUCCGCGGAUGCGAAAUAGCAUGCGGCAGUUGCAAAAAAAACACAGGCAACAGCUGCUGCGACAAAAGCCAGGCCAAAAGCAAAAGCCAAAACCAAAACAGCGAUUAUUUCAAGCAUCCGCCUCCACUUUCCCGCCCCGCCUUGCAAGAAACCCUUGCUGCCUGUCUUUUGUAACGUGGCCAGAACGUUGCCGGGCAAUUAUUAUUUUGUAAGACGUUUUACAAUUUAAUGGUUUUCAUGAAUGGACUUGGAUCCGACCCUCUGUCAGCAAAGGAGGCAGAGGGCCCUCCGGUUCAGGUUGAACCAGUUGAUUUGAGCUUACGUUCGCCGCGCGCGAGCACUUCGCAUGGGAGCAGCAGCAGCGGCGGCUCCAACAGCUGCAAAUCCUCGUCUGCGACAAAGGCGAUUGGCUACAGCAAUGGCAAGCAGGGUGGAUCCUCCGGCUCAUCCUCGUCCUCGGGCUUUGGAGCGGGCUCAGCAGGUGCCGCUUCGUUGGGGGCCUUUGCCCGCCAGCAACAUCAGCAGCAGCAACUGCAGCAACAGCAGCAGCAGCAGCAGCAGUCGACGCAGCAGCAACAACUGUAUGCCUCCGGUGUGUCCAAGUUGCCAUUCUCGCCGUUCUUUGCGGCCUCGCCAUUCUUUUUCACCUAUCGACGGAUCAGCGGCAGUGGCAGCGGCAAGCAGGAGGACAACAACAACAGCUGCAGCUACAACAACGGCAGCAACAGCGGCGGCAGCGGGGCAGGAUCUGCGGCAAACAGCAUGCAGGACUACGACCGCAAGUUCUCGCUGCUGAGUCUGUUCAAGAAUCCGUACAAGUUCGGAGAUGGUCAGGCCACGAGGAAGUCCUCGCCCACUGGCGGAUCCAGCAAGUCCCUGGCCUCGGGCUGCUCCUCCUCCUCGCCGAGUUGGAAGAGCUACGCCGGCUCGGGCUCACCACAUGCCGCCCUCAAUCCUGCCUUUGGGGGCAUGGCUCUGGGGGCGACGCGCAAGGAUAGCAGCAGCUUCAGCGGGAUUAACUUCGGGGGCGGUGGAUCCGCCUUCGGACGAUCCUCCUCCGACUCGACGGCCAACGGCGGCUACAAUGAUCUCUCCAAGAACCGCAAGGUACACAAGUGCGACACCGAAGGAUGCGACAAGGUGUACACGAAGAGUUCGCACCUCAAGGCGCACAAGCGAACGCAUACAGGUGAGAAGCCGUACGUGUGCACGUGGGAGGGCUGCAUCUGGCGCUUCGCCCGGUCUGAUGAGCUGACCCGGCACUACCGGAAGCACACGGGCGUGAAGCCCUUCCGCUGCCAACUGUGCACCCGGAGUUUCAGCCGCUCGGACCACCUGUCGCUGCACAUGCGCCGCCACUGAGGAUCUGGAACUGCCGAAUGGCCAUACAUACUCGUACUCGUACUCGUACUCGAACUCAUAUCCGAGAAUACUCAUCUGAGAUGCUGCGGGGAGCAGCUCUUGGUUAUUUAUAUGCACUCGAACCACUUCCAUUGAUCAUUUACUGAGACCAGAUAUUCCAUAUCGCUUAAGUAGCUCAAUUUACACCUUAAGAGGGCUCAAAGCCCAACUUAGAUGUAGUUAUACUGUAGUUAUGGGGCGGAAAGAUUUGUAAAAUUUUUCACAUUUUAAGCCCAGAGACAAUUGCCUUCAGAAGCCAAGUUAACAAAGUGGAUUUUUACCUACUACACAUAGAAAUAUCUGCAUAGUUAAAUAUACAUAUAUAUACAGAUAGUUUUGGAUUGGUGCUAGCAACUUGCGUGUACAUAGAUCUAGAUAAACAUUUACAGCCUAGUUCGGUAAGAAGAAAUUUAACUAAUUUUAGAUCAAAUUUUUAUUGGUUAUUAAGUAGAAAAUUGUAUACAAAAACACUACAAAAGAGGCAAAACAACCGGAAGAGCCAAGCAAAGCAAUAUUUAUAUAAAUAUAUAUAUAGAAAUUCUCUCAUCUGUAGGGUAUUUAAAACAUUUUGUACUAUACGCGUAUGAUGUGAUAGUUGAUGAGGAUUUUGACCAAGUGGGGAUCGGUAAGGAAAGUGCUGAAUAGCUAGUAUGAUACUUCCCAAUUAUCAGACAUAUGAAACUAAAACUGUAUUUUUUAUAAGUUUUAAAUCAUUCGAAUUCAGAAUAAAUCUAUUUUAGAAAGUACUAAAACUAUUUUUCUAAAAGAAUAACUAAUGAAAUACUUUCAUUUUUUGCAAACACAUUUCAUUAAACAUCUCAGAGCAUUUUAAGAAUUUAAACACAUUUCAAUAUUUUUUUAUCAUUGCCUACAUUUAUUUAUAAAACGAACAAUAUUUGCCAAGAAAUUACCAGUAGAUAAACCAAUGUAUACAAUUCAAACUGCCUUAUAGCUACGGAACGCACUGUAUUCCCUGGCGAGCCCCGAACGCAAUUUGCCUCAUACCAACUGUCAUCAUAGAUUUUAGCACACUCACAGACAAACACAACACACAAAAGCAAAACAAAUUGUAUUAUUUUUUGAGAAAUAAAAGAA